UUCAAGGCGGAAAAAAGUCGAAGGGCACAUUUUAUGAAMCAGAAAAACAACUACYACAAGGCGUUCCUUUCAAAACCGAGAAAAACUAGGUAGGGACCUGGGURCUAAUUUUAGAAAUCAAAAUGGCGGACGCAGUAACUGCAAUACUGACCCAAAGAAAUGGAGAAUGCAAAGAAUAUAGAGAGGCUUUAACGAAGGAAACAAAUCAAGAAGGAGGCAAACUAGAYGKUCUUAUUAAAUCACUUACAAAAAUUCAAAAAGAUGUCAAUGAUAGUUUGACAGAAUUAGUUGAAGAAGAGAGAGGUCAGUCGAGAGGAACAGCAAACUCCCAAAAGCAUGAUCAAGAUGAUAACUUAAAUGAUGAUGAUGAUGAUGAAGACGAUGACGAUGACAGCAACCAAGCAAAUGUGUCAAAUACUAAUGGAAAUGAUAGUGGACCUGUUAAUAAAAAGCUUAAAGUAUGAMAGUUUUUGCAUGCUAUUUUACACUUUGCACCA